UAUCCAUAGAGUUGACUAAUAUUUAUUAAAUAACAGGUACGAAAAGUAUCUGCAGCAUUGCAGUUCAUAUUAUAUCAAAAUGAAUUCAAAUGUUGUGUUAGUAGUUCUGGUUACGUUUUUCUUUACACUGUCACUUUCUGACCCAUCCAGUGAUGAUGUGAUUUUCAAUUUUUACAAAGAACCCGAGAAACCCACAAAAAUUAUUAUUAGUAAGAUCGAUGACUUAAAGGAUGCUGGAUUUGAUGCAACUCAUGAUACUGUUCUUUUGAUUUAUAGUUAUGAAGAUCCAUCAGAUUUAGAAACUAAAUGGAAAUUGUCGAGUUCAAUUUUUGGAGUCGUUACUGAUCUGAAUAUUUUUGUUGUCGAUUGGAGUGCAACAACUGAAAAAGAUUACUUUAAAGCCCAAAACAGUGUGAUAACAGUUGGUGGAUAUAUUGCAGAAUUUCUUACUGCACUUGUAGCCAAAUACACAUUAAAAUUAGAUACAGUUACCAUCAUCGGCUGGGAUCUUGGAGCACAUAUUGCUGGAAUAGCUGGAAAGAAAAUGGAUACGAAGUUUUCUACGAUUAUAGGUCUUGAUCCCGCUGGUCCAUUAUUUGUAAAAUCGGACCCUUCUAAUCGACUUAUUGCAACAGAUGCUAAUUUUGUACAAGUGAUCCACACAAAUGCUCUUAUUUAUGGAUAUUUUUAUCCAUGUGGAACAGCAGAUUAUUAUCCAAAUGGUGGAGAAAACCAAACCAGUUGUGGCAACGAUAUAACUGGAGUAUGCUCACACCAGAGAUCUUUGGCUUUUUACGUUGAAUCUUUAACUAGUGAUAAGUUUGUGAGUUACAAAUGUGACGACUAUGACAGUUACCAAAAUGGAACGUGCAAACUUGAAGAUAAGUCCAUAAUGGGCCAGUUUACUAAUAAGAUAGAUACAAAGGCAAGCGGUACCUAUUAUUUGGAUACCAAUGAUGCACCUCCUUAUGCCAAAGGUUUAAAAUCUGAAAGUAUUUUUAUAUAAAUUAUUUAUAGGUAGAUGAUCAGAAAUUA